AUGGCGAGUGAGGCAGCAGAUGAAGCGGCGGAUCGUCUUGCCGAUCUGGACGUCAGCGAUAGGUCGAUAGACAGACACGCGGCGGCCGGACCCAGCAGAACGGUCGAAAGAGCUCGCUUCAACGAAUUAGCGGGGCAUGAAGGAUCUUCUGCCACGAUUGGCUCUCGUCUGGGACGCUUCAUAGCUACACUGACCUCCUCAUCCGGGGUAGAGAGGCCCGGCAUCGCAAGGAGCCGGUCAUCUCCCGUCCUCGCAGGCAGUCCAGCUCAAUCGAGUCCGGCGAGCAGUCCCUCAGCAGCCAGUGGUCAAUCUAGCAACCUCAAGCCUCCCGCAUUUCCUGCAGUCACUAGUAAGCAGUCCGUCUCGAGCGCUUCAUCCGCCGUGACCGCCAUGCCGCUCGACCUGAAGGGCAAGGCGCCCGUCAAACCUGAGCCUCAGAAACGCCGGUCGAGCAAUAACAGCAGCUUCACGGGCACCUCCUACUCCGAGACUAGUGAUAGAGGGAUCAAGAACAUCAUCCAAUCUAGCGCGAAGCAGAUGUUCAGGCGAAGAACGAGCGCAGCAAACAGCUCAACGGCAAGUCCGCCAAGCACUCCCGCGGAGGGCUCCUACUUGCGGCAAGCCAGCUCCAGCACGACGCCUUCAGCAUCUUCGAUGCCCUCGCCAGUCUCGCCGGGCUCGAGAUAUCGCCAAAGAUCAAGACAGUCUUCAACCCAAGGCAGCCCGGAUCCCUCUAGGACGGUAGAUUCUGUCGCGCCGGUCAUGGAGCAUUGCUCUUCCUCCCAGACUGUGUCGAGCAGGUCACAAGAAGCGAAUGCGAUCCAUCGCAUGCUACAGCCUGCUGGGACUAGCUCGUCCGAAACUCAAGCGCUCACGUCGCCAAGUCAGCUUUACGCAGAUCACAUGCUCACCCCAACGCACCGUAACGGUCUUUCGUCCAUCAACAGUCCAGCGCACGAGCCAGAUACACCGCAUCCGCAAUGGUCUGCCCAGACCAUGGCUGAUGUCUUCCGAGACAUGGCGAAAUUACUACUCGAUCCUAUGCAGACCACCUUGCAACAAGUAACCCCAGUGUCAUUCCUGACAACCUCAACACCCGCCCUCUACUCGGUCGUCACUUCGCCGACAUCUUAUUUCAGUCCGCAGCCUGCGUCUUCCGACUACACCCAGUUCCUGGAUCCUACUGGCGCUCGAGCCCCAGCGUCUCUACAUUCGGAGCUUGACCAGGAGGACGAUGCUUCGCUGAUCUCCGCCGCUUCAGGCAGCGCCUACACUGCUCAGUCUAGUGUAGACAGAGCGAGAUCGUUCGUCUCAUUGACAACGCCUAGGUCGAUCGUCGGGAGCAGUUCGAGAGUACCUGUAACCACGAACGAACAGCUAGCGAGCUCUGCCUUGACUCUACCGGCGGUCUCAGUGGCGGCCAUCUGGCGGGGACUGCAGUAUUUCACAUGGCUGACCAACAACAUGACGGCGCUCGCUGCCUUUGCGCAAUCGACUUCCGCAACUGGCCCGCUGGACAGCGAGGAAGUCGUCUUCGAUUUGGCAGCUUUGCUGCAAUCGACCAUGGAUAUAUUGGCGUCUUUGGCCUCGCAGAAAUCUGUCGAGCUCAACAUAGUCACAGGGGUAUCACGUCUGGAGCCUGGACAGACCCAUUCGAGCGGCGAAUCAGCGCGAGGCGAGGGCUACGAUGGCGAUCUUGAAGUCGAACAGGUCCUCGUUCGUGGCGACGAGAUGGGCAUAGGCUUGCUCCUCAUUUCUCUUAUGCGGACGGCUAUUCUUUCGUCUUUCCCGGGCGAUGCGCUCGAGAUGAGCUUACGUACACGGACUCUAUCGGACUUUCCAUCGCAGAACAAGACAGUCGCAGGUAUUGCCCGCGAUCGGGUCCCACAAGGCUCUGUCAUUUGUACUUUGGAAUACAGACAUGCUCGACACGAGCCAAUCGACAGCCCGGCCGCUGCACCUUGUCCUCUCAAGCAGCCGCUCGUUCAGGCGCUCUCACACGAGCUCGGCUUCGUGCUGACGAGGGAUCCGCCCAAUCCUCGCAAACAGACCUUUGCCAUGGCAAUUGUUCUGCCGAGUGAGAAUGAUCGCUCUCGCGCCGAGCGACACCGAGCAUCAGAUGUGGCAGCGGAACCAUCUAUUGCUGAACUGCUUCACUUUGCCGAUACAUCGCUCAAGGGCAAGAAAGUCAGUCUAUGCGCAGAUCAAGCAAGCUUGUUCGCGAAGCAUUUGACUGGCUACCUUGCCGGUUGGGGCAUGGACGUCGGCCAUAUGCCUUUCGAAUCAGAAAGUGAGCCCGCUGUGCCCGCUCAUUCGCCUAAGGCUGCCAAAACGCGCCUUGAUAUGGUCAGGCAAAAUGGCGGCGAUCCUUCGAGCAAGACCUCUCCGCCAGACCCUACCUUACCUGCGCUAGAUCCGACGAUCAACUUCAUUGUCAUUGACGACGACAUCGCUACGCUGAAGCGUCAGCUUGUGGUCAUCAGGAACAAUGCGCCGCAGCUACAUCUGCAGAACAGCCUCUUGGCAAAGCGGCCACAGCUGCAUACGAGGCGCACCCGAUCUAGUGCACAGGUUCGACAGGCACAGGUGCCACCCCCAGCUUCACCGGCUGUCAUACACUUUGCGAGCCUGGCAAAUUACCGUAAGAUAAGAACGAUCGUAAGAUCUGUCUUCAAAGGCGCAAGCUCAUUCGCGCCGCUGCCUGAAGUUCUCGUCGUUCCCAAGCCAAUCGGCCCUCGCCGUUUGCUUGCCUCGUUUUAUACCGCUUUACGGCGACCGACGCUCGAUCCCUUUUUCGCGCCCAUUGCUACAUCGCCAUCCAGCGGGAGUGGCCACAUGGUCUACAGUCCGCCAGUACGCCCAAGUCCAGGGCUCAGCUUCGCAAGCAGCAGUGAUCAUGAUUCACCGAUGGCGGCUCAGACCGCCGCUUCCGUCGCAUCGCACGUAUCUGGCCAAAGCUCCAGCCAUGACAUUCCGCAGACACCUCCAGAGCAUCCCCAAGCUAGUGUUGGCACGCCCGAGCAAUCACCGCUGUCAGCAGAUGCGCUAGAGUAUUUCUCCGAAACUGCCACACGGAUCGGCAGCAGCGGCCGGACUGGCGUCAUCAUCCAAUCUCCCGAUGGUAGACCAUCCGCUCUGUUUUUCCAGCCGUCACUCGGCCCAGAAUCGAUGCGACAGCGGUUAGAUGAGGCGUCAUCUGGCAAGAGUGGGUCGCCAAGCUCGGCCAGCCUCGAGCUCGACCGUAGUAGCGAUGUCCUCUCCGUGCGCAGUCCCAGCGAGCCGUUGAUGCCGGGCUCGCCGAGCUCGCCAGGAUCUAUGCAGUCUUUGACGCGUUCGCCGACCGUGGCCUCUAUGGCAGUACCGACGGGCCCGGGACCAGCAACAACCACUAUCGUUGCGCCUCACAGCCUAGGUUUGGGCUAUCUGGGAAGGCGACCUUCGGUGGGUACAAAAACGAAGACAAUCGACAGCAGCACACACGCGCAAAGUCUCGAUUCGUAUGUGCUCACCAAAGAUUCCUCAUCGCUGGGUGCGCCAACGACAGAGACUCGCAUUGGUGCCGCCGACAAAACACUGCCUGCGGUCGUACCUCAGCUGUCUCGUUUGGCAUCCUCCCCCGCGAUGUUUUCGAAUCAUUUGGCAAAUGAUGCGGCGCCCUCCGCCGCCGAAGCUUCAGCUCAACAUGAGCCCCAAAGCGCGCCUAUAGAUGCUGCUUCCGAGCUGCGACGGUUCAGCAUGUCCUUCAGAGGCACCACAGCGUCACCGAUGCUGCCUGCAGUACAGACGAUGCCUAUCGCAGAAGAAAUCGAUCAACUGCCUAGCGAUGACCCACAGACACGUGUCAAAGCCCCGACGCGGCGCACCAGCAGCAAGGCAGAGAUCAAAGCAGCACGCCGCAUUGCUCGACGUCCGACGAUGCCAAUUGUGCCGCCUGUCAACGUGCUUAUCGUAGAAGAUAAUCCGAUCAACCAAACUAUUCUCUGCACGCACAUGAAGAGGAAAGGCAUCAAGUAUUCAGUCGCCAACAAUGGCCAGGAAGCAGUCGACAAAUGGAAACAAGGCGGAUUCCAUCUGGUUCUCAUGGACAUCCAGUUGCCUGUCAAAUCUGGCAUCGAAGCGACCAGAGAAAUCCGCGAGAUGGAGAGGCAAUUGAAUGUGGUCACGCCUGGCGACACGCCAGGUGAGGAGCGGCCGGCUUCAAAGUCAGUGACGCCAAAGUCGCCUCUGUCACCUAUACAACAGCCUGUCAUCAUCGUGGCAUUGACGGCUUCGAGUCUACAGACCGAUCGGAUCGCUGCCUUGACAGCUGGGUGCAAUGAUUUCCUAACGAAGCCGGUCUCGCUGCCCUGGCUGCAGAAGAAGCUGCUCGAGUGGGGAUCUAUGCAAAUCCUUUCCGGCUUCUCUCGGCGAAUGUCACCCGAGCCCCUCAAAACGCCUGGUUUGGGAUUCGGGACCCUCGACUUUUCCGCGCAGACGACCGCUGUCGCUGAGCGACUACACAUCGGCAAGAAGCCACUCAUCAGUGGCGCAACGUCAGGAGAGGCUCCUUUCGAAACGGAGACGUCAGUAAUGAACACGACUUAA